GAGCAGUAACGGCAUUUCUCGAUUGAGGACGAAGAUUCAUAAGCUGUUAGCGGUAAAUGAAUCAGGUAGAAUCAGAGCCUGUAUUCUAGUACGAAACGAACUAAAAGUGUUCCUCUUGCCUAAUUACAACAAUGGAGACGUUGUGAUUGCUAAGCUGGAGAGUGGUGGAGAUGGACUUUGGCUGAUAUCAGCCUAUAUGUCUCAUGAGGAUGAGUUGGAACCACCCCCCAUGUUGCUAAGAAGGGCCCUAGAGGAGGCGGAUAAAGCCGGAAUCAGGGUCAUCACAGGAUGUGACGCGAACUCACGACAUCAAAUCUGGGUCAGCUCGGAUACAAAUAAAUGGGAUGACCUGACGGUGGUGGCGGUAAAGGAUUGCAGGGAUGAGCUCAUACUCCUUGCAUCCUGUUACCUGCCACAUGACGGCGAGGCACCGACUGUAGAACUCCAGAAGCUGGUGGCUACAUCCAGCAGAAGGAAACAGUCGCUGGUAGUUGGGGCUGACGCUAACGCGCACCACACGAUUUGGGGAAGCCGAGACAUCAAUGCAAAAGGUGAGUCUCUAUUAAACUUUAUAUUAAUGAGUAGUCUAGUGAUAGCAAACCGGGAGGAGGAACCUACGUAUAUAGGACCAACCUCGAAAAACGUCCUAGACUUUACACUUUACACCAGUAGGGGUACAACGGUUGAGAACUGGAGGGUGCUAAGUACACCGUCAUUCUCUGACCAUAGAUAUAUACAUUUCUCUAUUAGAAAGGGGGUUAAAGCCUGA